AAAGACUCCGUAGCGCUGUAUUCUAACCAUGGUAUGACUACGAGCGCCAAUGCAAGCCUUAAUCAAUUUUAAUGCAGUAGGGUAAGCAUAUAAGCUUCAAUGUGCAAGCAAUCCUCCGUUGAGCUAGUCAAUGUACAAGGGCCUUGUGUACACUCGCGGCCUUUUGGGCUCCAUCGUCGCGGGCCGGAAUGAAACGCUGAGUGUGCGCACAUUUGUAGCGCCUGAAACUCGAGGAGGAAGGCGGCUGACCCCGAAGUGUCGCGCCACUUACGGCCACCGCAGAUAUUGCCGCCCUGGAUGGGAGUGGCUGCGUGGGGCGCUCUCGCGCGAGACGGCGGCUCUUGUGGCGGACGAGCGCGGCGGCAGGAAACAGCCGUGCCAGGUGCUGAGCUUCACGGCGGGUCCAUGGCUACCGCUGCUGCAGAGCUGGCGGCCAGCCUCACUGCCGAUGUUCUCGCCCAGUCUGGCAAUAACCUCGUGGCAAUACGGAACGUGGAGUACGCGGUGGGCACGAUGGCGAUGCUGUUCUUGGCUGCCUACUACCGCGCCUAUUCGGAGCUCUACAAGCACUACAAGAAGAACCUGGCCACCUAUAGGCACCACCAUGACCGCAGGCACCGGUACUACGAGAUGAAACGCAUCUGCUACUACCUGCUUCCCCGGGAAGGUGGUGCCACCUAUCGCUCAUCGCGGCUGAGCCCUGAUGCGCUCGACGACAGCCUGUGCACGCACGUUGUGGUUGGCGGACUGGUAGUGUCACGUGAGGGACGAAUGGUUCCCAUGCUUCCAAAGCACGAGGACGUCAUCGCCAAAUUAUCGGGCACCAAGCUCAAGGUGCUGCUCUCCGUGGCUGCGCACGGUCCCGGAGCACUGUCACACGUGGUCGCCUACAGGUGGACCAGACUCAAGUUCAUUCGGUCUGCGGUGCGCAUGGUGCAGCGGUAUCACCUGAGUGGCAUUGACUUUGAGUGGGAGUUCCCGGAGUGGUUGAGCGGGCACAUUGGCGACCGGUACCUGUUCAGGCUUCUCUUACAGGACUUCCGUUCAUACAUGAACGAGACGAAGAAGGACUUCCUGCUGAGUGCCAGUAUUUCUGCCGUUCCAGCACUCAUGGUAUCCGCCUACGAUGUGCAGGGGCUGGCUAGGCACCUGGACUUCAUCAACUUGAUGGCGUACGACCUGGAUUUUGUCGACCGUUGGCGUCCAAACACCAGUCAUCACAGCCCUCUGUUUCCCAAGCUGCUUAACAAGCGUGAGGAACGAACAACACACAGUGUGGUGUCAGCGGUGCACCACUGGGCCGAUCUGGGCAUGCCGCACGAGAAGAUGGUGCUCGGCAUUCCUCUCUAUGCUCGUGUCUACCGACUCGCGCACCCAUUGGAAAAUGGCUGGGGCAGCAGGGCACUGGCAGAGACGGUCCUUCCUUUCAACAAGGUGUGCCAGUUACUGAAGAGAGGGGCCGUGACCGUCAUGGACAAGACGGCUUAUGCGCCACACGCAUACUUAGGGGACAUUUGGAUUUCUUACGAGAGCGUCGAGAGCACCGUGCUAAAGUGUCUAUGGGCGGAUUCAAUGGGGCUUGGCGGCGUCAUGACGUACACCAUUCAAAUGGAUGACUGGGAAGGGAAAUGCGACAACAAUACGAAGUUUCCCAUUCACAAAGCUAUAUGGAAGACAAUUGGGUGAAGCGCACCUCACUUGUGCAACUAGUGGGACAAGUGGACCAUAAGUGAGACAUGACAAGCGGAGAAGCUCACAAGUAAUUGAGGAAAACAUUCCACCGCAAGAGAUGCGAAAAUAGGCACUGCAGCGUGCCUUAAAAAAUAUAUAUUUAUGUAUUCCUGGAAAUUCAUUUUUGUCUUUUUCUUCGUGUUUUUGUCUGCGUGUCACGUUUGCCCUGCAAAGAUGCAUGCAAGCUAUAGCAAUCGACAACAAUAAACUAGCCUGUUUAACCAA